GAAGGAAGAACAAAACAAGAUGGCGUCUGACGGAGAAUACGUUGUUUUGGUUGUUAUGGUUUCUUGGUCUUAAUUACAACGUCCAUGUGCACAUGUAUGUCGUUUAACAGAGUAAACGUCGCUAUUAAUUGUUUGUAUAGCGGAUACAUUAGUCUGAGUGCACUUUGACGUGCUAGCCUAGCCUGCUGCUUAGCUUAGCUUGUUAGCUGCUAACAAAGAGAGGCGGAAGUGAUCGACACAUCAAAGCAGAGAUCCAAUACGUCUGUGAAGAACAUCUUCACCCUGAGCAACAGAAGUGGAGCUUCACGAUGGAGCCACAGCCCUCCCACAUCAAAAAGGAAGAGGAAUACCCACUGAUCCCCCAUUUUAAAGAGGAAGAGGAGGACCCACUGACACCCCUUUUUAAAAAGAAAGCAAUGGAUCCACUGAGCCCUCACAUUAAAGAGGAAGAGGAGAACCCACUGACCCUUCACAUUAAAGAGGAAGAGGAGGACCCACUGAGCCCUCACAUUAAAGAGGAAGAGGAGGAACACAGCAUCAGUCAGCAGGGAGAGCAUGUUGAAGGACUGGAGGAGGUUGAUGUCACCAAGAUGCCAGUGACUGGUGUCCCUGUGAAGAGUGAAGAUGAUGAGGUCAAAGGUGAGAGAGAGGCGGAGCCUCCAAGCAGCAGCUCAACUCAACACAUGACAACAGAAGCUGAUGGAGACCACUGUGGAGGAUCACAAGCAGACAAGCUCUUAGCUCCACUAUCAGAUAGUGAGGACACAACGUCACACUCUCCUGACACUGAUGAUGAACACUCUAAAGAUGAUGCAACAUGUCACACUGACAACACACACUUCACAUGUUCUCACUGUGACAAAACUUUUAAAUAUCCUAGUAAAUUGAAAAGACACAUGAGAACACACACUGGAGAAAAACCUUUUUCAUGUUCAAUCUGCUGUAAAGAUUUUACUCAUAGGCACGAUUUGAAAAUACACGUGAGAAUACACACUGGAGAAAAACCUUUUUCAUGUUCAAUCUGCGGUAAAGAUUUUACUCAUAGGCACAAUUUGAAAAUACACACGAGAAUACACACUGGAGAAAAACCUUUUUCCUGCUCAGAAUGUGGUAAAGCUUUUGUACGAAGAAGCACUUUGAAAGUACACAUGAGAACGCACACUGGAGAAAAACAUUUCUCUUGUUCAAUCUGCGAGAAAGGUUUUGUAAGAAGUCAGUGUUUAAAAGUACACAUGAGAACACACACUGGAGAACAUUAUUUUUCCUGCUCAGAAUGUGGUAAAGCUUUUGUACGAAGAAGCACUUUGAAAGUACACAUGAGAACACACACUGGAGUAAUACCUUAUACAUGUUCAGUAUGUUGUCAAAGUUUUAUACAAAGUCUGCAUUUGAAAAGACACAUGAGAACACACACAGGAGAGAAAGUGUUGAGUUGCAGUGUGUGUGGUGAAAGAUUCUCUUCUAAGUACCAGUGUAAGAAACAUAAGUGUGCUGGUCAGUGACUUCACUAUAAAAGUGGGUGACAUUGUUAUCACCAGGAAAGAUGAGGUCACCUACCUAGGUUCCAUUCUAGAGGCUAAUCUUUCCUGUGAUAAAAUGGCAACCAAGGUCAUCAAAAAGGUCAGCC